AUGUCACGGGUAGAGCGGCUCAAGUACGGCGCGAUGCUGGUCAUUGCCACGUUUGCGAUUGUCAUCGUCGAAGACCCGCCGUUCCCUUACAAGCUGCUCGUGCCUUUGCUGUAUUCGGCUGCGCUGUUGAUUCCGAUAACGAGCCAGUUUAUCCUUCCAGCAUCUCCCAUUCUUUUGUGGCUCGUGCUCUACUACUCCUGCCGCUUUAUUCCUGAAAGUACCCGCCCGCAUAUCUGGGUCUCGGUGCUGCCGACCCUGGAAACUAUAUGGUACGGCGCGAAUAUCAGUGAUAUUUUGACGCGGUUUGGACAUCCACUGCUUGAUGUCUUGGCAUGGAUUCCGUACGGCGUAGUCCACUUUAUCGCGCCGUUUGUCGUUGCCUCGUUCAUCUUUGUUUUUGCACCGCAAGGCAGCGUCAAAAUGUUUGCAAACGCAUUCGGAUUUACAAACUUGGUCGGUGUGUUAAUCCAAAUUGCAUUUCCUUGUGCCCCGCCGUGGUACGAACUGCGCGAGGGCCUGACUGCCGCCAAUUACGGGAUGCGCGGCUCCCCGGCAGGCCUUGCGCGCAUUGAUCACAUCUUUCAUGGGCAUGGCUACACUCUUACCUUUACCGGUGCGCCUGUGGUAUUCGGCGCAUUUCCUUCGUUGCACGCCGCGACCGCGACGUGCGAGUCCCUCUUUUUGAGCUACUUCUUCCCGUACAAGUUACGCAUUGGCCGCUUUUCCGUGGACGUGCGUAUUUUCUAUUGGGGAUACAGUUUUUGGCUGUACUGGUGCACCAUGUACCUGAUGCACCACUACCUGAUUGAUCUUGUCGCGGGCGGUUGUCUCGCGACGCUCUCUUUCUAUGUAUUCCGCACAGAACAGAUUCGCGAGGCGAUGGAGCAGCGCGUUGCCGAUAUGGAAUACGCAGAGCACAGGCGGAACCAAGUGCCACUGCCGCCGUCCGACAAUUUGCGCAUCGCGCGACUCGCUGGCGAAGAAGCUGGGCAAGCCGCGUACGAGGGCAGGGGCUGGAAAAUGUCGCAGGAAAUCCAACGCGCAAUACUCGGCGAUGAAAGAGACGCCUUGUCGACUGCAACUCCUUUCUUCGCUCUUGAAGAGACCGAAAGCGCACCGGGCGACGUCGACGUCCAUUCGCGCGGCGCUGCUGCAGCGUAG